GUGAAGCAGGCUAUAAGAUUGGCUCUAGAGGAUAUGAGAACUCCUUAUAGCCAUUAACCAUGAGCUGAAGUAUAUAGUAAGAUUCACAAUCAGAGAAGGCCUGAAAUGAAAUGAUACAGCUCUGCUGAUCAACUGCACUCGCUGAAAAAGGGUCCUCGAAUCUGGGCUGUCUCCACCACCUCGCGCCGCCGCCGCCUAGAUCCCACGCGUCGCCGCAGCCGGUGUCACGCCCCUUCCCUCCCCGGGUUCGUCGCCGAACUUCCCCGCCGCCCGCCGCAGUCUCCUCCCCUACGACCUCCUGCUACCACCGACCGCGGCCGGCUCCUCCCCAUCUUCAACUCUACCGACCGCCUCCUCCUCUUCCGCAUCUUCAACGGACGCCACCCAGCGUGCGCUCCGGCUCCUCCUGCGCAGCCACCACCCAAGGAAUGGCAGUGUCUUGGACACGAGUAUUGAAGCGUGGAGUUAUUCCAAGAGACGCAGCUCAAUUGGUUGGGACAAGAGGCUUUGCCGUUGCGGCCAAGGGCAAGAAGGGCGGAAAAGGUGGCGCGGCUGAUGCUAAACCUGUGCUCAGCAAAGAAAUGAAGAGCACAAGUGUGUUUGGGGCGGAUAUCCUGAAGGAGGGUUCUGACCCGAAGAUCCAACCAGACUCUGAGUACCCUGGCUGGCUGUGGCACAUGAUCGACAAGCGUCCAGUGCUGAGCGAGCUACGGAGGAAAGAUGCCAAGGCGCUGCCCUAUGAAGACCAGAAGCGUUUCGUCAAGCUGGACAACCGGACUCGGAUCAAGGAGAACAAUGCUCUCACAGCUAAGAACUGAUCAGGACAAUUUCAUCUCAUCAUGGUGUCUUCUUAUCUGGAGUAGUUGAUUUUGGUAAUAAUGUACGUAGCAUUGAAGUUGAGCUCGCAGUAGAAUGUAGCCUAUGCGACCAGCAUAUUGUUUGUCUGUGUAUCUUGCAGCAAAUGCUGUAGCAAGUUUCCCAUGCUCCUGCUUGUUUGCGUUUCACGGUAAGAUGUAAGUUCCAUGCUUUGAA